CCCCGGGGCCGCUUGCUUCCUGUUUGUAGGACGAGGAGACAUGGCGGCUGCGCCGGCGGCUGCUGGGUCUGGGGCCGGCCGAGGGCGACGGGCGGCGGCAACGGUGGCGGCCUGGGGCGGAUGGGGCGGCCGGCCGCGGCCGGGUAACAUUCUGCUGCAGCUGCGGCAGGGCCAGCUGACCGGCCGGGGCCUGGCCCGGGCCGUGCAGUUCACUGAAACUUUUUUGACGGAAAGGGACAAACAGUCCAAAUGGAGUGGAAUUCCGCAGCUGCUCCUUAAGCUGUAUGCGACCAGCCACCUCCACAGUGACUUCGGUGAAUGCCAAAACAUCCUCAAGGAAAUUUCUCCUCUUCUCUCCAUGGAGGCUAUGGCAUUUGUUACUGAAGAGAGGAAACUUACCCAAGAAACCACUUAUCCAAAUACUUAUAUUUUUGACUUGUUUGGAGGUGUUGAUCUCCUUGUAGAAAUUCUUAUGAGGCCUACAAUUUCUAUUCGGGGACAGAAACUGAAAAUAAGUGAUGAAAUGUCCAAGGACUGUUUGAGCAUCUUGUAUAAUACCUGUGUCUGUACGGAAGGGGUUACAAAGCGUUUGGCGGAAAAAAAUGACUUUGUGAUCUUCCUGUUUACACUGAUGACGAGUAAGAAGACAUUCUUACAAACAGCAACCCUCAUUGAAGAUAUUUUGGGUGUUAAAAAGGAAAUGAUCCGACUAGAUGAAGUCCCCAAUCUGAGUUCCUUAGUAUCCAAUUUUGAUCAGCAACAGCUCGCUAAUUUCUGCCGAAUUCUGGCUGUCACCAUUUCAGAGAUGGAUACAGGGAAUGAUGACAAGCAUACGCUUCUUGCCAAAAAUGCUCAGCAAAAGAAGAGCUUGAGCUUGGGGCCUUCUGCAGCUGAAAUUAACCAAGCGGCCCUCCUCAGCAUCCCUGGCUUUGUCGAGCGGCUAUGCAAGCUGGCAACUAGAAAGGUGUCAGAAUCAACGGGCACAGCCAGCUUCCUGCAGGAGUUGGAGGAGUGGUACACGUGGCUGGACAAUGCUUUGGUGCUAGAUGCCCUGAUGCGAGUGGCUAAUGAAGAAUCUGAGCACAAUCAAGGGGCUUCUGAGGAGAACAGCCCGCCUCACAGCUCCACCAGGACUCAGCUGCCUCAGUCGAUGAAGAUCAUGCACGAGAUCAUGUACAAGCUGGAGGUGCUGUACGUGCUGUGCGUGCUGCUGAUGGGGCGCCAGCGCAACCAGGUUCACAGAAUGAUUGCGGAGUUCAAGCUGAUCCCUGGGCUGAAUAAUUUGUUUGACAAACUGAUCUGGAGGAAGCAUUCAGCAUCUGCCCUCGUGCUCCACGGUCACAACCAGAACUGUGACUGUAGCCCGGACAUCACCUUGAAGAUCCAGUUUUUGAGGCUCCUCCAGAGUUUCAGCGACCACCACGAGAACAAAUAUCUACUGCUCAACAACCAAGAGCUGAAUGAACUCAGCGCCAUCUCUCUCAAGGCCAACAUCCCUGAGGUGGAAGCCGUCCUCAACACUGACAGGAGUUUGGUAUGUGAUGGGAAGAGGGGCUUAUUAACACGUCUGCUGCAGGUUAUGAAGAAGGAGCCAGCUGAGUCAUCUUUCAGGUUUUGGCAAGCCCGGGCUGUGGAGAGUUUCCUCCGAGGGACCACCUCCUAUGCAGACCAGAUGUUCCUGCUGAAGCGAGGCCUUCUAGAGCACAUCCUCUACUGCAUCGUGGACAGUGAGUGCAAGUCACGGGAUGUGCUGCAGAGUUACUUUGACCUCCUUGGGGAGCUGAUGAAGUUUAAUGUUGAUGCAUUCAAGAGGUUCAAUAAGUACAUCAACACUGAUGCAAAGUUCCAGGUGUUCCUGAAGCAGAUCAACAGCUCGCUGGUGGACUCCAACAUGCUGGUGCGCUGUGUCACUCUGUCACUGGACCGAUUCGAAAACCAGGUGGACAUGAAAGUCGCGGAGGUCCUGUCCGAGUGCCGCCUGCUCGCCUACAUAUCCCAGGUGCCCACACAGAUGUCCUUCCUCUUCCGCCUCAUCAAUAUCAUUCACGUGCAGACGCUGACCCAGGAGAACGUCAGCUGCCUCAACACCAGCCUGGUGAUCCUGAUGCUGGCCCGACGGAAAGAGCGGCUGCCCCUCUACCUGCGGCUGCUGCAGCGGAUGGAGCACAGCAAGAAGUACCCUGGCUUCCUGCUCAACAACUUCCACAACCUGCUGCGCUUCUGGCAGCAGCACUACCUGCACAAGGACAAGGACAGCACCUGCCUGGAGAACAGCUCCUGCAUCAGCUUCUCAUACUGGAAAGAGACCGUGUCCAUCCUGUUGAACCCGGACCGCCAGUCUCCCUCUGCCCUUGUCAGCUACAUUGAGGAGCCCUACAUGGACAUAGACAGGGACUUCACCGAGGAGUGAUCUUGGGCCAGGCCUCGGGUGGCUGCUGGGCCAGCACGGGUGAGCGGGGUAUGCGUGCCUCACGCCCUGCCCCCACCCUUCCCCCGCCUCCCUGCUGCUCCACCUGCCCCGGGUCUUCAGGUACAGGCUGGGUGGGAGGGAGCAUCUAGAAGCCCUUGGCCCCUGGGUUCUGAGGCUCCAGGUCAUUGGGGUGCCUCAGUUCCCUCAAGAUCGCCAUGAUGAGGACAGGGGCGCUGUGCCCACCCUUCGUUCAGAACCCUGGGGCCCUGGCCCACCUAGAGCUAAGGGGACUUUUAAAGACAGCUCUGUCUGAGCUCCCGCUGGUCUCUUGACUGUCAGUCCUGGCGUGGGGAGGGAGAUGUGGGCCCCCUCCCCAAUCUGUGAGCCGAGCUUGCCCUGGCCUUUGGACCCAGGCAAAGGCUUCUGAGCCCCUGGGCAGGGGUGGGGGAUACCAGAGAAUGCUUCUUUCCCCCAGGCCUGCCCAUCUGUCCCUCCUUUCCUCCCUCCCUCGUUUUCCUUUAGCUCCUCUGGUUCUGUUUGCUCAUUGGCCGCUGUGUUCAUCCCAGGGGUUUCCCCCAGAAGUGGGGGGCUUUCUCCUUCAAUCCCCUGGGGCACAGGGUGGCUGUGCCCCACCCCCACCUCCAGGCAGCGUCUCCUGCCUGAGCCUGCCCGCACGGGAGCCUGCCUGGGAGCACACCCCCGGCCCCUUCUUGUGUUGCCAAUUUAUUAACAACAAAUAAACCAAUUAAAUGGAGACUAUUAAAGAAUUUAUUUUAAAUGAC